UCGUAGUGGUUCACCUGGUGUUGGGGGAUGUCGUGUAGAAAUGCAGUGAUAUACAGUAGACUCACUGUCAGGACACAGGAGGCUAUUUCAGUUGGCCACUCGCAGAAGGCAAAACAUUCAAUUUGACUUGAGUUUUCUUCUUCACUUAAAGACAGACACUCUCAGCCCAACAGGAUUUAAAUAAAAAGACAAGAGGCAUCAAACCAUGUCUGAGGCACCGAAAAAAUCAAAGAUCACUGCAUCUCGCAGAUUGGCUCUCAAGACCAAACUGCUGAAACUGGCGUGCGUGAUGUUGGAGAAGGACAAGGAGGAAAAGAAGCUGGAGAGAGAAACUACUUUGAGUGAGCGAGUCCCUUCACUCCAGCUGUCUGGUUUGUCCGUGCAGGACCUUCAGGCUCUGUGCAAAGACCUGCACCAUAAGAUUGAUACGGUAGAUGAAGAGCGCUAUGACAUUGACGCCAAGGUGGAAAAAAAUAACAAGGAGAUUGAAAACCUGUCUCAGAAGGUCUUUGAGCUGAAGGGUAAGAUGAAGCGACCUGCUCUCAAGCGCGUGAAGAUCUCAGCCGACGCCAUGCUGGGAGCGCUGCUGGGCUCUAAGGUCAAAGAGUCUGUGGACUUCAAGGCCAACCUCAAGACUGUGAAGAAAGAGGAGGAGAAGAAAGAGGAGGUGACUGACUGGCGUAAGAACGUGGAGGCCAUGUCUGGUAUGGAGGGCAGGAAGAAGCUGUUUAAUGCUGGACAGUAGAUGUGUAUUUUUGAAAAUUUUAAAUAGAGCCCCACCAAUAUUAUCGGUUGGCCGAUAAUGGCCUGAUAUGUUUAGAGCCCGACCGAUAUUAUCGGCCAACAGUUAUCAGCCUUUAAAUGUGCAUUUAUGUUUACAGUUUAAGUAAAAUAAAUGUGUUUCUUAAUUCAACUUCUAUUUAUGUGGUUGUAUUUGUAUUUUUUUUUCCAAAUUACAGUUAUUUAUGGUAAAGUUUAUGGUUAAACAAAAUAGCAUAUCGGUCGGCCUCUAAUUUUAAAUAUGAAUGCUGUUUUACAAUGGAGGAAAACAGAAAGGGCAAAUGUUUCUGCACACAAUUGGCAAGCAUCUGUGAGUGUGCAAGUGUGUGCAUCUUCAUGUUUGCAAUAUACAAAACUAGUAGGAUUCAAAGGAAUGAAUUUGUGGAUAUUUUGCUUAUGCACUCUGGUUUUAUGGUGUUUGCAUCUGGAAACCCGUCACAUAUGAGAGCGUUGUGAAAUUUGUUGUGUUUUUUUUGGAUCUGUAGAUGCUUGGAAAAGACUGGUUAAUAGAAAUGAAUAAUAAAA